AUGAAGCGGAAUCGUUACACCGAAGAGCAGAUCGCCUUUGCCUUGCGGCAGGCGGAGUCGGGCACACCGGUGCCGGAGAUUAUUCGCAAGAUGGGUGUUUCGGAGCCAACGUUCUACCGUUGGCGGAAGAAGUACGCCGGGUUGGGUGUGGCCGAAGUUCGACGUUUGAAGCAGCUUGAGGAGGAGAACAAGAAACUCAAGCAGUUGGUGGCCGAUCUGAAGCUGCGGGUAGCAUAUCAAGUGAGCGAGCGACGGGCUUGCUCAGCAUUGGGAUUCCCGCGUUCGAGCCACCGUUACGAAAGCGUUCGUGAUGAACGGGCGGAAUUGAGGGUUCGACUUCGCGAUUUGGCGGCAAGCCGUGUGCACUACGGAUACCGGCGUCUGCAUAUCUUGCUUCAACGAGAGGGCUGGCAAGUCGGGCACACGCUGGUUUAUCGGAUUUACAAGGAAGAAGGCCUGUCGAUCCGACGAAGGCGGCCGCGGCGGAACCGCAGCUGCCAGGUUCGCGAGGAUCGGCCGUCGACAACUUGCAUGAAUCAGUGCUGGAGCAUGGAUUUCAUGGCCGAUCAGCUCUUCAACGGCCGGCGAUUCAGGCUGUUGACGUUAGUCGAUAACUUUAGCCGUGAGAGUCUUGCCAUUCGAGUCGGGCAGAAGCUGAAAGGAGACGACGUGGUCUCGGUUCUUGAAGAAGUGACUCGGCUUCGCGGCAAGCCAAAGUCGAUUCGUGUGGAUAAUGGACCCGAGUUCAUCUCGAAGUCGCUUGAUUGGUGGGCCUACUUCAACGAGGUGAAACUGGAUUUCAGCAGGCCUGGCAAACCAACAGAUAACGCGUACAUUGAAUCGUUUAACGGUCGAGUUCGUCAGGAGUGCCUCAAUGAACACUGGUUCAUCAGCCUAGAGGACGCUCAAGAAAAGCUCGAGCAUUGGAGGGAAGAUUACAACCAGCAUCGCCCGCACAGUGCGUUGGGCAAUGCCACCCCCGUGGAGUUCGCGGCACAGUCAUCCACUUCCAAGUUUCGCUGCGCUCACCUUUCCAGCGGAUGA